ACAAAGACUCCGAAAAACGAAACCCACAGCACGUAGACGUGCACACUACAAACACACGUGACACACACACAACACAAACACACACGCGCACGCGCGUACACACACGUAUACAAAGCAAACACACGAGGACAAAACGAACAAAUAAAGGAACACAUUGGGGCACCGCCUUGGAACGAUCAGUUGCAAAAACACCACUGGGGAGCUUAAACCGGUUUAUGUUUACAGAUUUAGCAUUCCAAAAUGACGGUUGUUUACAUUUUCCUCACUAUUUCAACAAUUGUGGCCGCAAAUAAUCACCAGAAAAGAUUCAUUGAUCCAGUGAAAAAUGGAUACGAAGCCCGAUGUGCAGAAAUCCAAGCUUUGAAUGAAAACCACUGCGGUAUAGCUGGUUUAUGGACAAAUCAGUUAAAAUCUGUCAUGGAAUUCACGUGUAAAGAUGGUCAUCUCAAUGGUCGUUACAAUACAGCAGUUGGCCAAGCAGAUGAUUACUACAGCUUAACCGGAAAGUAUACAAUGUCUGGUCCAAAUGGUGCUGACUGUGUUAUGGGAUGGGUUGUUUCAUUCAACAACAAAGUAUUUGGAAACUCCAAUUCAACAGCUGCUUGGUCUGGCAUACAUUACGCACAUGAGCAUGUAAUUCGGACCCAUUGGGUACUUACACGUUGGCACCCGUUGGAAGACAUCAGGAAGACAACAACAAUAAACCAUGACGACUUUGUCAGCCUCUGUUAAAACAGUUUAUAUAUCUGCAAGUUGUUAGAAAAUGAUAAAAACAUUCCAAACUUUAAAAUCAAAUUAUUGCAUAGAACCUUUUCCUUGUCAUCUAUUUAAAAUAGCUUUGAAAAAAGAAUCUGCCUUCAAAAAUAAAAAGUAAAACUAUGCUUACAUGGAAAUUAUGAAUAUAUCAUUUUGUGUUAAGCUUUAA